AUGGGCAGCUUGAAUGACCUAGAUACCGGCAUACUACCAUACUGGCAAGUCAACGUUCCUUCCAACGAACGGGAAGUCGACUGCCCACUCUUCCUCCAAAACCUCAAACCCAAAGAGCACGCCAUUAUCGGCACUCCAGAUAACGACUACCACAUUUUAACCUGGGGCGAAGUUCGCCAAGCAAUCGCCAUCAACGCCCUCGAUGCUUUCCAGCGCAUCCCGUCCGAUCUCCGGCGGUACCUGGCUUACAACCACUACCUGAAGGAGAAGUACGGCAGUGUGAUGAACUUCGUGCUUCGUGAGAGACUGGAUUGGACUGAACCUAUUGUACCAGAUGCUAAACUAUUUGAGAAGGAGAGCGAUUUGAAGAUCUUGUGGAAUGACUGGCCAUAUGGUAUUGAUGCCAAGAUUGUGCAUCUCGUGGUAUGGACGAAGUUCGAAUUGGAAGACGAUCCAAAAACAGAUGAUCUGACGGACGAAUCGAGGGCGAUGAUUGAGGAGUUUGUGGAGAGGACAUUCAGGGAUGUGGUGGGUGCGGAGAAUGUUAUCUGGUUCAAAAAUUGGCGGAGCUUGAAGUCUAUUGGUACUGUUGAGCAUUUCCACGUCAUGCUUUACGAUCCGGAUCCCGACUUUGUGAGGAAGAUUACGAAUGGGGAUGUGCCAUUGAGUCAGAAAAUUUGA